AUGUUCUAUAGAACACAGAAAAUUAAUAUAUUCUCUUUUUUUAAAUUUUUUGUAUUCACCUUUUUAAUCUGGAUAUUACAAUGUUCAAUUAAUAGUAAUUAUAGUAUAUUUUUAAAUAAUAAAUGUAAUUUAGAAAGAUCACAAUAUUUAGAAGUUAAAAGAAUCUUAUCAGAACAUAGGAAACUCUUUGGAGAAAAUACGAAUGGAUCAAAAGUUCGUCUGUUAGAUGACACAGAUGAUAAUAGAGUAAAUGGAUUGGAUGGAGAAGAAAAUGAAAAUGAAAAUGAAAAGAGAAAUCCAUUAGAAAAAUGUGUAGAAAAAUGCGAAGAGUUUAAGAUACAUAUUCCUGAAGAAAAUAAUAAAAAAAAAAAAACUGAUAAAAGUAAAUUAAAUUUAUGUAGCCUUUCUUUUUGCAAUACGGGAACGUUUUCAUUAGCUAUAUAUCCAUUACUUUUCAUUAUAUUAUUUGUUCUUCAAAAAUCAGAUGUAUUUACUGGUGUAUCACAUAAUGAUUUAAUUUCAUUACAAUUAUUAUUCAUUUCUAUGAUGGUUGUGUUUCUAUCAUUAAUGAUCUCCGGUGUCUAUGAUUUUAUAUCACGUAGAAAUAAUGCAUAA